AAUCCAUUGACAUAAAUUCAGACCUGAAUUCCAUAAGCAAUGUAAUGUAAAAAUAUUGGCGAAUCGAGUUCUCACAUUGACAAGGAAUCUAAAGCUAGUCGAUAUCGUGCGACAGCUUCGUAGAGAUCUCUGAGGCAAAGCAAUUUCUCUGAGACACGACAUGGAAACGACUGGAAAACAAACCACUGCAAGGAUCGUGCCCCACCCACACAGAUCCCCGUCCAGAGACCCGAUGAUACCACCUAAACCCCCGGGCUGUCUGGACUGUCUGAGGACCAAACUCCAUCUCCUUCCCAUCAUCACUUUCACCUGGUUAGCGGUCACAGUAUGUCUGUCAUAUGUAUUGGCUGCCAUCAAUAAGGACACAGAGGCAGAUUUUCCGUACAUCAGUAAAACAGCCAACGUCGACCCACAGAGAGCCAUUUUUUCACAGAUGGUCACCAUGGGCUCAGUGCUAUACGGGAUCUGCAGCACGAUGCGGUACCUCUCUAUGAAGGCUGACCUGCUUUCGUGCUCGGUGUCCAGGGGGUACCACUGGCUGAAUAUCAUUGGGGUCUGUACCGGACUGCUGGUCUGUCUGGGGAACACCUUAUUGGGAAACUUUCCGACGGACGGCUACAGGAGCCACUAUAAAGCCCCUCACUACGUCGGAGCAACGGCGGCGUUUGCGGGGGGCGUCGUGUAUGGUUGGAUACAAACAAGGUUGUCAUGGUUACUGGAACACAAACAAAGAAAAACCAGCAGGAUACAGCUUGUGUUGAUGAUAUGGACCACUGUGGCAUUGCUUACAUUUGGUAUAUCAAAAGUAGUCUAUGAAGUUCAGAAAUCUAAAGGCUAUGGAACCAAAGAGGGCACGUUACGCGAUGUCUACCUGGUGUCCACCGUCACGGAGUGGGUGCUGGCCUUCAGUAUAGCAGGAUUCCCUCUGACGUUUGUUAGAGACUUCAAAGCCUCCGUCCUGAGGAGUCCGAGGAUCCUCAGACGUGAUUAUACAGAGGACAUUCAGGCUAAUGGUGGCUUGGAAAAGGACAUCGAUUAUAAAAUUUGAAACAUACACGUAAAUAAACCAUAGAAGUCCCGGUUACACUUCCAACAGGGACAUACACAUUCAUUUAUUAGUAGCUACCACAAAGGACCUACGGAACGUGGGACAACUAUCGUUUCGAUAAUUCGUUGAUGCACUGGUCUUUGUUACCUUGGAGACUUGCGUUAUGGAUAACUGCCCGUGUCUGUUGUACAUCUCCACAUAACUUUUAACAUGAUAUUCAUUAAACAUAUUCCCGCGCUGGCAAAACAUGCGAAUUUUCUCCUGCAAGUAUAUGUAUGUAUCUUCUACAACAGUACCAGAUGAUGUUGAAUAUUUCGAUACAUGAAGUUCAUAUGUAAUCAGUGCAGAUAAUAUGUGUGAUACUUUUUUUUUCUUGAUUUAUAGAUUGAUGCUUCGUCACGAUACAGAUUGUUACCAUUUUCCGACAUCUUGAUUUGUAGUGAUCCAAACUUGUGAUUGUAUUGCAUAAAUCUCAUUGACUUGACGGAGUGAUAUGCAAGUUAUGUGUUCAUGUAUGCUGAUGAUAUUCAUAGACCCUUUCAUUAAUAAACCUUCAGAACAAUUGUCAGAAGAGAGAGAGAGAGAGAGGGAGAGAGAGAGAGAGAGAGAGAGAGAGAGAGAGAGAGAGAGAGAGAAACAGUGCUUUUUUGUAUCAAUGACGAUGAAUGAAUAUAAAUGUUUCAAUGCUAACAUGUUUUACU